AUGAGUGAACCCUACUGCCAUGGUGUCCUCACAUGCUAUGAGGACCUUAUUUUGUCAACCACCGGUCACGACAUUGUCGGUCGUCAAGCAAACUCGUCUGUACCCCCCAUCAUGCAACCUCUCUCUGCAAUACAAGCUUCAAUGAACCAACACUCCAUCUCGUUUGUCAUCCUUGUUGAUGCCAGAAAAUAUUCUGUGCAAGUCAUUGAUCUGACUUUGGUGACCCCAUCCGACCACCUAGCACUUCAGGUCCCUUGUGAACACAUUUAUGCAUAUGAUAUCAACCACUCUUUGGACAUUGCCGUCGCCAUUAUGCUGCGGGAUGUUUUCAAUCAUGAUGGUCAGAGGCGUACCUGGUGGCAACUCAAGCAGUGCCCGCUAUCCACCCAUGAGCCUUGUGAUGAAUUAGAGUUCGCGACACCUAAUGACCAAAACUUGCCACCACAGUGCAUCUCCUGUCUUGGAAAAGCUCAUUCUCCAUCUUUGGAGGAAGGAUGCAAGUUUAUAGGUUUCCGCUGGCUCCAUCUGGAUGACACAGCCCACAUUGGAUUUGUUGCGACAGUGGAAGAAGCAAAUCGGUAUGUGUACCACCCUUGGGCACCCACUCAUGCUGCCCAACAUGUCGCGAUGUUGAGGUUCUUGUAG